AUGGCCUCGUCCAUCACUGAAUCAAAUGCCAAAUUUGCCCUUCACUUUUUCAAGAAGUUGUGCAAGGAGCAACCCUCUGAAAACCUCUUGAUUUCUCCUCUGUAUCUCGCUUCUGCCCUGGGCCUUGUCCUCUAUGGGAGCAGGACCAGCACAGCACAGGAAUUAAAAGAGGUACUCCAUGAACAAGAUGAAAGCACAAAGGUAAAACAUAGCCACUCUCCACGCCCUGAUACCAAGCUUGCUGAACCUUCAUCUUCACCGUGGCUUCAGCAGAAUGUUCCUGAGUAUGCAUGUGAGACGCCCGAAGGCAACCAUACUGAAUUCCAUAAAAUCCUUGCCUACCUGAACAGACCUUCCACAAACUACGAGCUAAGCUUUGCCAGUCGCCUCUAUGCAGAUGACUCCAUUGACCUUAACCAGCAAUUCGUGUUCUGUGCGCUGAAGCUGUACCUGGCCCAAGUAAGCAAUGUUGACUUUCAAAAUGCUCCAGAAGAAUUCAAAAAGAUUAUAAACUCAUGGGUUGAAGUCCAAACUCACGGCAAAAUUACGAAUCUCCUACGCAAGAAAAGCAUCACUUCCCUAACCCAGCUGCUCCAUGUGAACGCCCUAUCCUUCAAAGGACAGUGGGAUGUGCAGUUUGACAAACGGUUCAACAAAAAAAGUCCCUUUCAUAUGAGCGAGAUGACCUACAAUACUGUGAACUUGAUGCACCACCGAGGCCAGUAUAAGACGGGCACAAUUGAAUUAUGCGACAUGCACGUGCAGGUGCUUGAAAUCCCCUACAAAGACAAUGAGCUGAGUAUGUUCAUACUUUUACCGGACGACUGCAGUUCAGACAGCAUUGAUCAGCUAGAGGAAGAAAUGACCUAUGAAAAGGUGGCAGAGUGGGUCUGUCAGAAGCAACUUAAAGUGGAAGAGGUAGAGGUGGCCAUUCCCAAGUUCAAGAUGCAGAAGGAGAUUCUAACAGCAAAAUUGUUGGAAGCGCUGAAUGUGACUCAAGUGUUGGAUCCCAAGAUGGCUGAUUUAACGGGAAUAACACUGACCGAAGACGUGGCGUUGAGUGAGAUUGUCCACAGCGCUUCUCUGGAAAUUGAUGAAGAGGGUGGCGAAGAACCACAUUGCCUGAAAGACAGGCACCUGAAACGCCGAGCAUGUGUGCAAUUUAUAGCUGACCAUCCCUUCCUCUUCUUUGUCUUGCACAAUUGCACGCGCAGCAUCCUGCUCCUUGGCAGAUUUGUUAAACCUGAAAAAUGGUCUAGUUACCAUUAA